AAUUAUGGCCUUACGUGACGGAAUUCUAUCUUACAAACAAAAAGAAGCUCCAAAUAUUAAAUUUGUAAAUAAAAAUUAUCCAAAUAUUGGGUUAAAAAUGAAAAAAUAUGAUAUUAAUCUCAUGCAAUUUUAUAUUGUUGAUGAUAAUAAUUAUCCCAUUGAAAAUGUACCUAAAAAUAUUAAAUGGUUUACUUUUUCGGGUCCUAAAAAAUUAUUAAAAGAAGCAAAAAAAAUUGAUAAUAAUGAAAGCUGGAUAAUAUCGUGGGCGGAUGAUUUUAUUUUUGAAAUUGAUGAUUCUUCAGAUUUUUCUCAACGUUUUCUUUCUUUCUUAAAUGAAAAUAUAUCGUAUGCUGGUGUCUUAAGUUUUAUUUGCAAAGAGAAAAAUAGAAAUGUUCAAGGAUUUGAUCAUGUUACAUUUUUGAUUAAAGUCGAACAAGAAGAUGACAAUCAAGCAAUUCUUUAUUUUCUUGAUAAUGAUCUGAUUACAGAAUGUGAUAUUCCUGAAGGUAUUAAAAUCAUAGAAAUAAAUGAAAAUGGAACAACCCGAAUUAAAAAUCCUUUCGAAGAACUCGUUAUUUUCUACUUAAUCACCCUAAAAAAUAUGAAUCUUAAACAAUAUGAAUUAGAAAAACGUAUUGACAAAGCCCUUAAUGUAAUUAUCAAAUUAGAGGAUAAUUGA